CCGGUUCAUUGUACGGAUCAAAAACUAGUAAUGGAGAAAAUUGCCGGCUGCAAAAUGAAACGAAUACUCAUGCAAGUUAAGUCAGACUCAGAAAGCAAAAGUCCAAACCAGCCGACCAUGGAUCCUUCCUCCUACGUCCGCAAGCAUCAGCACCACCACAACAACAACCCCAGGUACGUCCCUUUCUCUCCUCCUCUUCACCCUUGUCCGCCUCCCUCUCAUCCUCCUUCUCCCUGUCAGCACAGCCCUAAGAAUCUCUACCCUUCCCGUCACCACCUCCCUCCACCCCAGCCUCCGCCACAACUGCGGCCGCUGCCUUCUCCACCACCACCACUACCACCACAACAGCAAUCAUACUUCCCUCUUCCUGUCCCACCACCUCCUUUGUCGCGACAGCAGCAUCAUAAUCAUCAACCUUACAGCCCUCAUCAUCCUCAGUACACCUUCAAUCCCAAUUUCAAUUCUAAACCUAAACCUAGCCCAAACCCUAACCCUACCUAUGUUUCCCUCCAAAUCCAAGAUUUCCCUCAACGGCGCGUGCCUGAAUUCGGUACCCGCUCUGAUUGCUGGCCUGAUAAUCGGGUAUCUAGGCCCCAUCCGGUUUCCAAUUUGGAUCGGGAGGCCCAUUAUCAUCAGGUUGAUCGAAGAACCGCAUGUCCGGAGAUUGAAAGGUUUAGGCAUGAUUUAGAGGGAAGUUCUAGGUUUAGAGAUUUCGAGCUGAAUCAGAGAGAAAGAGAGGAACUUUGUAGGUUUCACAGUGAUCGGUGGAUUUCCGAUAAAUCUACUAGGGAUUUUGGGAUUGUUUCAAUGAGAUUUGAAUCUAAUUCAAGUCUUGAUCAUGAGGUUAAUGAAAAUGUGAGAUGGGGUUCGCGCUUACGUGAUCGGUUGAUUGACAAUGGAAAUGAUGAGAUUAAUGAAAGAGAUGAGAUGAGGGUUUUUUCCAGGAAAAAUGAUUAUGAUUAUGAUUAUGAUGCAGAAAAAGAAAGGUUUAAUGAAAGGGGAAGUAUUAGAGAGAUUAGUCAUGAAUUUAAUCGGACUCCAAGGAAGCAUAUACAAAAGAAGAGUUCUUUACUUAGGAUUCAAAAUGCGAAACUGAAUCAUAGGAGUAGGGAAGAUGAGAGAUCACAUUAUUUGGGUUAUUAUAAUGAGGGGAAAACUGGUACUCUUAGAGGAAAAGAUUUGGUCUUAAGUUCGGAUCAUGGAAUGGAAGAAAAAGAGAGAGAAGAUAGCCCUGUUGAGCUUGAUGUGUCUUUCAAGUCAAAUUCAUUGGUGGCUAAGGCAAUUGUGACUCCUACUAGUUUUGCCCAUAUUUCUGAUUCGAAUUUGGUGCCUAAAAAUAUCAAAUUUGGAAAAGUUACGAGAUUUGAUAAGGAUAGUUCGAGUUUGCAAACUGGUAAGGCCAAUGAGAGUAGUGCAAAAUUAUAUGGUUCCACUUAUGUUGUAAAUAGGGGUUCUGGUUCUGAGGACUCUAAGCAGUCUGAGGGGAAAGUUAAAUCUUCUGGUACUGGUAAUGUGCAGGAUGGCAUUAAAAAGCCUUGUUCAAAAGGAACCAAUGUUUCUCUUAGAAAGGGUAAGUUUAAAAAACCUCACAAGGCUACUGUAAAAUUGGAUGAUUUGUCAUGCAUUACUAGAGAUGCCUCCAUUUCUGACAAGAAACCUGAACCAUUAAAGGGGAAAGCUACAAUUCCUUGCAUUGGUAAUAUGGGGGAUGGUGGUGCUCAAAAUUGUUCUAACAGGGCCAAUUUUUCAGUUGGAGAGAACAAAGUGGAAGGGACUCUUAAGAGCACUGUUUCAGAUAAAAUUGGUGCUAGUGUUGGUAAAUCAUCCAUCCUAAAGACUACCAAGAAGAAAAUAAUUGUGAGGAAAGUGGUAAAAAAGGUUACCAAUUCCCCCUUGAUUUUGGCAAAUUCAGAAUUAGCAAAGAAGGGAGAUCAACCUGUUAAGGCAGAUACCCCUACUUGUUGUCUAUCUCCUACCACCGUGUCAGACAGGAGUGUUACACCUCUUAAAAUGGAAAUUGCUUCUGUUGCUGGGGAUUCAGUCCAUGGUGUUGAUUCAGACUGUUGUCCUAAAGAAUCAGUUCUGCUUCUUGAAAAUGAGAAAGUGAAUGGAGCGUCAAGAGACAUCUCAAGGGAUGUUGGCACUGAUGUUGAUCCUGAUAGUUCAGUUGCACCUAAGAUUAAGAACAGCUCAACUCAUCCUUUUAGUUCUUCAGGUCAUGAGGAGACCAAAGUUGAUCAGGGUUAUUUUAAUGCUGAUAAUUCAGUCGUUGGCCCUCAUAUCAUUUCAAAUACCAAGGAGGAUCGUACUGAAAAACCAAAUGAAACUAUUAAAUCUGGCACCCUUAUUGUUGAAGAUCUUAACAAGCAGUUUUACCAUAAUGAAAGCAGCAUUAAUCAUGGUUUGUCAAGAUCAGAUAACAUCAAAAUGCAUGGGGAUAUUGUAGAUAUAUAUUCAUCUGUUCCAAUGUAUAACUCCACUGGUUUUGACUGUGAUUCAUCUAACACCCAGGAGAUAAAUACUGCUUGUGACAUUGGCAAUUUUAAUUCUGGUUGCAAGCAGGUUUGUACAACUUCUGGCGGUCCAAUAGUUGAGGAUGGUACCACUGAGGGAUUAGAAGAAGCUAAUUGUUUAGUAGGAAGCAACAAAAUAACUCAUUUGCCAUGUGAAGAGGAAACUCUCAUUAACAGUGGUUCCAUCUAUGCAGACUCUUCCAUCCAGAACAGAAGUACAAUUGGCUCACCUGAUAUUGGUUAUGUUAAUUCAGGGGAGAGAAACCGUGAGGUAGGUGAUGGUUUUGUUAAACAUCUUUCCCCAUCCACUCUAUCACCUGGGAAUUCUGACACAGAGGGAAUCCCCGAUGCUAUGGAAUCAAUAGAAUGUGGAGAUGAAUAUGCAGCUAGCAUCCAUAAGCGAAAAGUUGGCAUUAGUGAGUUAGAUUUGUCAAGCUCAACAUUUACUGACAUUUCGUUAGGAUCUGCAAAUGUAUUUACCUCUGCAAAUUGUCUGGAUGGUACCAUAAGUACAUCUGGAAUAGAUUGCAAUCCUGCUGAAGCUAUUAGUGGUAUUGGGUGGCCUGAUGUUGGCUUACGGCAUUCUAGAGAUAAAGUUAGUAUUUUGCAGGGGAGCAGCUUAGAUGAUACCUUUCCGGAGGUGAGUGCUAGUGCAGAUGGAAAGUCUCCAGAGAAGAAAAAGAGAAAAAUCUCCACCUCCGGUUCUAGUCUGACAGGACCUGUAAUCAGCCAGGAAGUUGCAGUUUCUGAUAUCUCUAAAUCUUCUCUACAACUACCUUCCAAUUUUACUGAUGAUCUAUUGCAAUUGGAACAGGAAGUUAAAGUAUCUAGUACAGAUGGUCUCCACACUAAGGGUAUUGCAUUAUCGUGUGUAAACAAUUCAGUGGCUGGACCUUCUCAGGCUGUUGGCACUUUUAGUUAUGCCUGCAGGGAUGAUCACCCAAGCAUUUAUGCUUGUCCAGCUUUCAUUGAGUCAGUUGCUCCAAGCUCCCCAUGCCUUUAUCCGUUAAAGUUAGGUGGUGAGCAGUUAUCAGGUGAAACAUCAGUUUCUGCUGUAAAUAACCAUCUAAUUGAUGCCACGGAUAUUGAAGGUGAUAACGGGGGAAAAGUGCAUGAGGAUACUGCAGAAGAUCAAAAAAUUAUUUCUAGUGAGGUAACUCAAUGCAGAAUUAUUCCAGAACAUAAGUCUUCCAGCUCAGAUCAGAGGUUUCCUAGGACAGAUGUGGAAGAUGAUAAUCAUCUUCCUCUGAAGGAUGAUUUUCCUUCUGCAUCUAACUCUUUGGUUUUUGGAGUUGAUACUAAUGAAGUUUCUGCUGCCUACUCCAAUGAUGAAGUGGUGAUGCCUGCACCUGAUAUACCGUAUGAUGUGGGUUUCCCCAUUAACCAUGAUAACCUAGUUAUAAGCAAAUUGACUUGCAAAGCACAUCUCUGCCAAAACUCAGAAGAGAAGGCUUUUAGUGAUGAAAAACAUUCGGAUGAUAAGCCGAUGAUUGAAGGUGAUUGCAGUUCAUCUGCCCUUGUGUCAUAUUCACAUCAUAGUAAAACUAUUUUGAAGUCAAAUGAUGCAAUCCAAACCAAUCAAUUAGUUGCUGGGAAGGCAGGAUUGUUGCCAUCACAUGAUUCCAAAAAUACUAAUUCCCCCAAUUUCCUUAGUGGAGAAACACAUGGGAGGAAAAACCAGCUUAGUCAUGUUGUACCCAAGAGUUAUCCUACUUGCUCAUCUCUUGUUUGUUGUGCUUCCAAGAGUACAACAUCUUCUACCAAUAUCACAAAGCCCCAGACAUGGCAACAAACUGAUAAUUCUUCUGCCUAUCCUCUGUCUGGAAACAAACCUUCCUUAAUUGCCAAUCCUUUGCGAAGGCAGAUGCCAAAAAAGGCUUUACAUUUUCAAAGUACUUCUUACAUUCGUAAAGGUAACAGUCUUGUUAGAACAUCUAUUUCAGUUCCCUUUCUUCCCCAGGGUUCUCAUUCUUUGAAUUCGUCUGAUUACCGGCUGAACUCUGGGGUUGUGGAUGAAGUGAAGAAGGGCACAGGACCCAAAAGUAGAGCUGAUGCUGUUGACCUGAGAAUAGGAGGUGUAAAUACCUCUUUUGAGAGGCCUACUACACCCCCCCUAUCCAAUGUCACCAAAAUACCAAAGCAAACCAUAAACUCAUCAGGAGAGUGUACCUCUUCCCCAUUAGCAGAGCCUUCUAUUGGUGAUUGCUGUGAAACUACAACAAAACAUCCAAGUUCUAUGGAAAAUAAUGAUGUGCUCAAUUUCCCAGAGGAGGGACUGAAUACUUCUGAAACUGUAAAUCGAAAUGGUUCAGUUAACAAUUUGGAAGAUUGGACCGAGCAAAAUGAAAGUGACUUGGUUCCUUCAAAUGCAAAGAGGGUGACAUAUGUAAAGCCAAAAUCAAAUCAAUUGGUUGCAAUUUCAGAUUGUGGCCGUAACUCUAUUCUCGAUGCUGAUAAGAACCAACCCUUUUCUGCAUCCUCUGAUGGCUACUACAAGAAAAGAAAAAACCAGCUAAUUAGGACUUCCCUUGAGAGUCAUAUCAAGCAGGCAGUUACCAUCUCUGAUGGCAAAUCCAACUCAGUGGGACAAGUGGCUGCUAAGGUUAUUUCAAGUAGAACUUUUGGUAAGAGGCGAUCUAAUAAAGUUGUAGCAAAGACCAAUAAACUUUCCAAAUUCUCCCUGGUCUGUACUCUGCAUGGUGCAAGGCUAUCAAAUAAUGAUGGCAUUUCACUAUGUCAUCCAAAGGUCCUUCCACAACUGUUUUCCUGGAAAAGAAUGACAAACAAGAGAAGCUUUAAGUUAAACUCCGUUUCUUCCUGCAGUAGUUCUUUAUCUACGAUCGGACUGAAAAUGCUGCUAUUGAGGAAGAGAAAUACUGUUUAUACCAGGUCAAUUAAUGGAUUUUCACUUCAGAAAACAAAGGUAUUAAGUGUUGGCAGUUCCAGUUUGAAAUGGUCAAAAUCUAUUGAAAGGCAUUCGAGGAAAGCCAAUGAGGAAGCUACACUAGCAGUUGUUGAAGCAGAAAGAAAGAAAAGAGAACAAAAUGGCGGUGUUUCUGGGACAGGCAAAAGAAGUCACUCUCGCUGUAAGGUUGUUCAUGGUACAGAACUUCGGCCAGGAGAACGUAUAUUCCGCAUUGGUUCACUGCGCUACAAAAUGGAUUCUUCAAGGCGUUCCCUUCAGAGGAUAUCAGAAGACAAGUCGUCAUGCUCUGCUGGUCACCUAUCAGAAAACAUUACCAAAAUAUCUUAUGUCCCAAGGAGAUUAUUGAUCGGGAAUGAUGAGUAUGUUCGAAUUGGCAAUGGCAACCAGCUUGUUAGAGACCUAAAGAAGCGCACUUGUGUUUUGGCAAGUGAGAAAGUUUGGUGGAGUUUGCACACUGCCAGGUUGCGACUGGUUAAAAAGCGGAAGUACUGUCAGUUUUUCACGAGAUUUGGAAAAUGCAACAAAGAUAAUGGAAAGUGUCCCUACAUUCAUGAUCCCUCCAAAAUUGCUGUAUGCACAAAAUUUCUCAAGGGUCUAUGUUCAAAUCCCAACUGCAAAUUGACUCAUAAGGUCAUUCCGGAACGAAUGCCUGAUUGUUCAUAUUUUCUGCAAGGUUUGUGCACAAAUGAAAAUUGUCCUUAUAGACACGUACAUGUGAAUCCCAAUGCCUCUACAUGCCAAGGAUUUCUUAGGGGUUAUUGUGCUGAUGAUAAUGAGUGUCGGAAGAAGCACAGCUAUAUCUGUCCCAAAUUUGAAGCAACAGGGUCCUGCCCUCAAGGAUCUAAAUGCAAGCUUCACCACCCCAAAAACCGAAUCAAGGGAAAGAAAAGCAAAAGGUCAAUCGAACAUAAGAAUGCUUGUGGGCGUUACUUUCGUAUUGACAUUUCUGAACCGAAAAGAAUAGUGUCUGAAAAACACAAGGCACUAGAUGAUGGCAACAUUUUCUUUGAUGGGAAAUUCUCUGAUUACAUUAGCCUUGAUGUUGGCGAUGAUGAAGCUGGAGAACUUCAUAAAGUGAUUUGUGAUCAAACAACCUUCGGUGACAAUGAUUCCUCGGAUCUACAAUUAGAUAAUCUCAAUGAGUCAAUCAAACCUAUUCGUAUAAUGAAUGAGUAUAAGAUGACACAAUCACUUCUGGUCAGUGAAGCUUCAAGUGUUAAGCAUGUGGCCAUACGGUAAAGGAAUUGAACAUGCUGCAUAGAGAGCAAUUUUUAUUUAUUUUGGCCUUCUGUCGCUGGAGAAGAUUUUUAGCAUCCAUAGGCUUUCUUUUUUAUUUCCUUUUCCUUUGGUUUAAAUUUUCCUUUUUUACAGCUACCUUACGUCUUGUGUACCCUAUAAAAGAACAGGAAUUCAGAAAUGGAGUAAAUAUAUAUAUUUUGUGAUUUUCAUCAUUUGCUCUUUCGUGCAAGUAUUGAACUUUUGUGAGUGAGGAUAAUAUGUUGUUGAAAUGUAUCUGCACUUUUUGC